CUCGCCCUGUCUCGACGCCGUCGUGUACGCCACGCAGUUCUGCCAGUGCUGCCGGACACCCGUUAAAGGGGCUUUCCACUUCUAGCUUUGGUAAUCUGGUCUCAAGCAAGGGAUGGUUUUCGAAGGCAAUCCGGAGCUCAGUAACUUCCUGGGUUGGAUUUCCAUCGCUUGCUGGAUAGUGGUUUACUCACCACAGAUCAUCGAAAAUUACCAGCUGCAGUCAGGCGAAGGGCUGAGCGUGGGUUUCGUUGUCACCUGGCUGAUUGGCGAUUUAUGCAAUACGUCUGGUGCCAUUUUGGCCGGACUGCAGCCUACGAUCAUCAUACUUGGCGUUUAUUACUCUGUGUGUGACGCAACCCUUCUCGCUCAAAUCUACUACUACCGAUGGAAGCGGACACGCCGAAAUGCACCGCUCCUCAUUACCGAAGACUCGAGGCAGUCUGCGCUCUACGAUGAAUCAAGUCCGCUCUUACCGGGAGACGGUCGCUCUGAAGAACCAUCCCCAGUGCGGCCCGUGUGGCAGGAUGGUUUGAGGUAUAUCGCGGCGAUGGUCUUCGUUUUCGGGGUUGGCGUAGGCGCGUGGGCCGUGGAUAAAUACAUCCGUUACAGCACACCUCCAUUGGACCCUCAGGAAGAGGUGGUGGAGUGGCGAAGCCAGGUCUUGGGGUGGAUUAGUGCGGCCCUGUUCCUCGGAGCGCGGGUCCCGCAAAUAGUCAAGAACCUGAGUACCAGAUGCGAAGGGCUCUCGCCUUUUCUUUUUGUCUAUUCCAUUUCGGGGAACACGACGUACGUGCUGUCCAUUCUCGCGGCGUCGCUGAGCAUGAAACACCUUGUGGUGAAUGGGCCCUGGAUUGCCGGGAGCGCCCUGACCGUCUUCCUGGAUGUCUUUGUGCUGUACCAGUUCUUCGAGUACCGGCAAGAGGACAAGCGACGGGCGUCGGGCUGAUAGAUGCAGUGGUAGACGGACAAUAGACGAGACUAGGUAGAAAACGUGUAGUGAAGCACAGCGAAUUGAGCGUCGGGGGUGACCGGGUAGAGCAUUAUGGCCGAGUCGCGGUUCUUCUGAUGAGGCCGGGGACGGCGCGCGGGACUGGGAAAGGCGAUAAGGGGCCCAGGGAGGACGAUGAACUGGUGGGAGCGUGCGAGGGGAGGAAGGAGAGAAGCGAGCGUUGGAGGCGGACUUUGCCCGCGCCCGGCCUCGUUCCCUCCCUCGUGUUGCAGGCUGCUAUUCGACGUCCCACGUUGCAGGUCACUCCCAAACUCUUCUCUAUGGCACGCACCGCUCGGCCAGACAUGCACCCAGCCUCGUGUCUCUCCCAUCAUCCUCUCUGCCCGAAAAUCGCUUUAUCAAUGUCAGAUCGCAACCUCGUCUCAUGUUUUCUCCCUGUCUGCCGUCCGUCGAAGCAUAACGCGCCGCCCAAGUCCGCCUGAUCCCACAGCGCCCUCUGCGGCCGUCUUGUACGACCUGACGACGACCAGCACCCUUUUUCCGCGCCCUCAGCCACACACUGCUAUUGUGCGCGUUGCAUCCUGAAGACUGUGCGCAUCAGCUUUGACGUCGCGUUUCGCGUCGUCCAAGGCCUCCAUUCCAUCGCUUAGGCCAAAUCGAGCUAGCAAACGCCUGGUGCGGCGCUGUCUGAACACAACGAGAUUCUGAAACCCCUCAUAGGUUUCCUCCAGACCGCCUCCUCGCCCGCCUCUAUAAGGCCUGCUUGCGCCGCGCAACAGGCCGCGAUCGGUCGCCCCGCCACAGGCUAUAUCAUGCACCACACUCCCCUCAUUCA